ACAAUUGCCAGCAGCGAAUCCCUGCUCAGAGCUGCGAAGCAGCGUUGCGCAGACAUGCUUGGUAAAGUACGCAGCCAUUUCUCUUCAGCUUGUUGUAAAGUCACAGGUCCGAUAACGCAAAUACUGCGAUAGUGGCUGAUGUUGGGGUUUGUAGGCGAAUUUCUUUAUCUAAAUGAAAGACUAAAACUUUUUCCUUCUCAUAAGCAUUGAGAGAAACAGCCACAUAGGCAGCCUAUUUAGACGUGGUCGAGCGAUUUCAUAACCAAGACAGUGCGCUUGGUAGACGCGGUAAUGUCGUUGAAUAUCACUGUGAAAAGUGAAGACUCCGAGUCCUUUGACGAAGAAGACGAAUCAUCUUCGCUGCUUUCGGGCAAAAGAGCAUCGGAGUCUGCAGCACGUCAUGAUAUUUCUCCGGGAGAAUGCGGUCCAAUAGAAGACCAUGCAGGAUAUUCAACACAGCAUGGGCGGCUAGCAACUAAAACGACCAGCAAACCCAUCGUACUGUAUCCAGUGAGUGCUGACCGUUUCUUUUCCUCUACUUCUGCAGAUGGCAAAACCAUCUUAAAGAUAGCUCCAGCCACAGUCAUGACCCUCCCGACUCCUCGGCCUCCUCCCCAGGUUUCCCCAGAGUUCUCCUACCAGGCCAUCGUGUACCUGAUCGAAGCAGUGGGGCGCCGCUGGAGCCUGUAUGGGACCCGGGAGCGUUCGCAGCUCUUCCAGAGCGUGCAGAAGGAGUUGGAGGAGCAGGGUCACUGUCUCCCCGUUGAGAAGAUCCGCCGCAAGUGGAACAACUUGAUCGUCACCUACAAGAGGGUCAAAUACAGAGGCAGGGAGACCGGCCAGGCCAGAACCUCCUGGGAGUACUUUGAGAUGAUGGAUGCCAUGCUUGGUGACACCAUCGCGCCGAGACCACUAGCAGCCCUACCCUAGUAACCAGCAUCCCUAAGGUGAACGUCGCCACGGAAACCGCCAAAACAGAGCAGAAGCCCCUCCUUCCCCAUGGCAACCUCAUCACUGCAUGCACUCGGACACUCACCCUUGUCCCCUCCUCCCUCCCACUCCACACGCCAGUUCCCUCCACCCUCCCUCUCUACACCUUUGUCAGAUCCCUCCCUCCCCCUACCCCCGUCCGCUCCUCACUCCCUCUCCCCACCCCCUUGGACACGCCCUCUCCCAGGAUAGCCAAUAACACAGACCCUCUACAGCCAAACCCCUCCCCUGCCUCCCAUCACAUCCCCUCCAACCUCAGCCGCGUACACCUCCGCAGAAAGAAGCGCCGUCACUUCUCCUCCAAGGGCUCCUCCAUUACCUCCCUUCUGGCCCAGCAGCAGAAGCGAGUGGAAGAAGGCACCUCCCUGCUGCAGGAGUUCCUGCGGAGGCAGGAGGGGCAGGCCAAGGAGGAGCAGGGGCGUCGCAGCAGGACGGAGGCCCGGGGGAGGAGGCGCGAGAGGAGGGAGGCGCGCAUGGCAGAGUCCCUGGGUAGGAUGGCCACGGCUCUGGAGCUGCUCUCCUCCAAACAGGACACGGUCAUUGCCCUGCUGCAGAGACUGGCUGAGAGAGACAGGAAGUGACAGUCAUCACCCCGGAUUGUCACUAGCUUCUAUAGCCACAAAGCCAUAAUUAUGGCUAAACCCCGCCUAUUUUUACUAUUCAUUUUACAUUUUGAUUGUUAAACCUAACAUGCUAACCUUGUGCCUAACCUUAAAUUAAGGACAAAAACCUCAUGUUUGUUUUCAUGAAUUUUGACUUUGUGGCUAUAUAAUCUAGUGGAAACGCUGCUGCAGAGACUAGCUGAAGUGACACUGUAAUCGCCCUACUGCGGCAGGGUAGCCUAGUGGUUAGAGCGUUGGACUAGUAACCGAAAGGUUGCAAGAUCGAAUCCCCGAGCUGACAAGGUACAAAUCUGUCGUUCUGCCCCUGAACAAGGCGGUUAGCCCACUGUUCCUAGGCCGUCAUUGAAAAUAAGAAUUUGUUCUUAACUGACUUGCCUAGUUAAAUAAAGGUAAAAUUUAAAAAAACUGCAGAGCCUGGCCGAGAGAGACGGGGAGGCUGACUCAGCAUGCGACCGAAGGGGUACUCUUUUCCCUAUAUACUGCACUACUUAUGAGCUAAAACACAGUAAAAAACCCACCUUGUGUCCCAGGUCUAAAUUGGUCCCUGAUUAGAGGGGAAGAAUUAAAAUGAGCAGUGGAACUGGGUUCGAGGUUCAUAUUUGAAUUUGCCUAAUGUAAGGAAAUAGGGUGCCAUUUUGGACGCAGACUCAGAUAAUGUUAAUUGAUUGUGUUGUAGAGUUUACAAUGGAAUAACAAUUUUGAUUGAUUUAAAUGGUUUAUUAAUUAAUGAUUGAUCAUUAUAAUCAAAGUAAUUUACAACAGCAGCAUUUGGUUGCAGCAUUUCUGGUUGGAGAAACCGGUGUGGUGAGUGGAAAGCACAAUUUAGGCCUACACAGAUGGAUAAGGAUGGUGAGACUUGUUCUCACUAGUCUGGCAUCUGGUCCAACCAGUAACUCCCGAAACGCACACGGUAUUCUCAACUGUUUGGUUAUCAGGCAGCAUACAUGAGGCCGAUUCAGACCGAGGCAGAUGCGGACACUCUGAGACAGGCGAACAACCUUGGAGAACAGCACCUGUAGCUACAAUGCAACCAGUACAUCAGUGAUGGAGAGGGAUCUCCUUAGAAGAGGCACCUUCAGUGGUCAACAUGAGAUAGACUGAAGGAACUGAUCCACUCUGAGGGGGUGGGAUAUCAGAUAACCAAAUUCUGGUUUCACCUUUCACUAAGAAAAACAGGUUGCCUCAACUCAUCCAAUGGAGACAGAAACAAUGGGAGGGUGAUUGACUGAACAGUUUUGGUGAUUCAAUAAAAAAAAAAAAUUGUUCAUUAAAAAAAAAACGAUGGGAGAGGGAACAGAGAGAGACGGAUCGUUCUCCAUCCAGGGGAGAAGAAAAUACGAGAAGGACGUAGGAGGAGGGGGUAGAUGCUGGAGCAUCAUGGGACGUCAGUGGGUGUUUGUAAGGGCCAUAUUGGUAGUGGUGAGUCUGGGAGCUCUCUUUCUCUCUCUUGGAGCAUGGUCAGUACUGGGACUGGAAGACAUAGAGGAGGAGAGUCCAGGGGAAGCAGAGUCACUGCCACCAGCAAGACCGCUGGACUACCACCUCUGUGUGGAGCUGGUGUUGAGAACCACAGCCAGAGGGGGUGCCAUCGGGCUACUGAGAGGACUAGCAGCCAUCUCAGUGGUCUGGAUAGCAGAGGUCCUGUCUGGGUCUAAUGGCCUGGUUACAUCGGUGCUCCGCGCCCCCUUCUUGGGGCUUCUGAUAGGGCUGGGGCUGGGUGCUGCAGAUGGGGUGGCCCAGGCAGAGGAGCUCCAAGAGCCUGGGGUGUGGUGGGAGGUUGUGGGUAACGGGAUGAGCGGGGCUGGGGUGGGGGCCAGGGUGGCUGCAGUGAGUGGGGUGGUCAUCGCUGGUUUGAUGAGCAUCAUGACGGUCAGGGCAGUGAAGAAUGUGGCGAAGAGCGGUGAGAUCAGGAUGGCACAGUUCAUUACCGUAUCGGUGGCUGUGGGGGCUGCUAGGAUGGUGCUGUGUUUGGCUCCCGGAUGCAUGGCCACAGGAGCCUUGGUAGUAUCCAUCCUAGGGACCGGGAGGGACCUCCACAACUUGGGGGCCCUAGUCGUGCUGGGGUUGGGGUGGUGUGCAGGGCAAAGGUGGCUCUGUGGUGGUGUGUCAGUUUUCUUGAUGUGGGAUAAAUUGGGGAAACUCUCACCCAGAUAUCUAAUAGGAAGGUUAGUGGGCUUGACUGUAGCUGUGGUUGGAUCCAUGUGCCUGGGGUUCUCUCUGCAGAUGUACUCAGCCCUGGUCAGUGUGUUACUGGGUGCUUCUAUAGCCUUUCUGUCCUGGAGGGGUGGGGAGGCUGUUUGUCAAGUUUUUGCUGAGGUGGUAGAGAGAUUAUUUGUAGCUAUAAGCAUCAAUACAUAUCAUGGACAAGAAGAGAGACUUUUGAAUACCUUUGGAUGGGGAAAGAGGCCUCUCGAUGCUUGAUAUAUUUGUCUUAUUUGUUGGGAUUAAUUACUGUGAUUAGUAGUCUCAAAUGCAUUUAUUUCCCAACAUGAUUUACUUUUCCAAAUGUUAGAAGUUUAGAAUUUGUUGGAUAGGGAUGCAGAAAGUACAUUUUGUAGUGAACUUUAAUAUUUGCAACCACAAAACACAAUAAAACUACAUACCCUUUUCCAGAAAGGAGCACAUUUUAGAAGUUUAGAAUUAAGAAUACAGACAGGUGUAUUAGCUAGCCUGUAGAAUGAACAAGACUAUGAAAACAACAUGAUUUCCACUAGAUAGCACAGCCACAAGGUCAAAAUGGUCUAUCCUAAAAAUGUAUGAAAAUAAAAAUGUGCUUUUUGGUCUUAAUUCAAGGUUAGGGUUAGGCACAAAGUUAAGUGUUGUUAGGCUCCCAGGUGGCGCAGAGGCCUAAGGCACUGCAUCGCAGUGCUAGAGGUGUCACUACAGACCCCGAUUCGAUCCCGGGCUGUAUCACAACCAGCCGUGAUCGGGCGGCACAGAAUUGGCCCAGCGUCGUCCAGGUUAGUGGAAGGUUUGGCCGGGAUAGGCCGUCAUUGUAAUUAAGAAUUUGUUCGUAACUGACUUCGCCCAGUUAAAUAAAGGGGUUAGGUUUAAGAAUCUUUAUUUUAGAAAUAGGCAGGGUUUAUGACGUCUGUGGUAAAUGUGACGACCGGAAAACAUUGUGGGACAAGCGCCAAGCCAGAGAUAUUAGAGAAAAGUAACUCCAAACCACAGGAGAUUGGUGGCACCUUAAUUGGGGAGGACGGGCUUGUGGUAAUGGCUGGAGCGGUAUUAAUGGAAUGGUUUCAUGUGUUUGAUGCCUUUCCAUUUGCUCCAUUACAGAUAUUAUUAUGAGCAGUCCUCCCCUCAGCAGCCUAGUCCACAUUUUUGUUUUAUAACUAACCCAUUAUUCUGUCUGUGGAACUGUAUCUGGAUAAGCCUGAGAUGCGUUUCGUUCGCUUGAACGUUUGCUAUGUUGCGGAACGGUUUGUACUGAACGACACGUUUACCCAAAACGUUCUUGAACCGACUGAGGUACUUUUGCUCCGGUUUGGUGGGUGUGGCUUGAAGUAAUGAGUGUAUUUAAAUGGCAGUGGUACUGUUGACAGCGUUCCCCAACCAAAUACAGUACAGUAUGACAACCCGUCCCCGUUAUUCAACUGGUCAUUCAGUACAGCACCGUUUCCGUUCAAUUGAGUGUUCCAGAACGUAAAAGCCUACUGAACGCAGCCCUACUGUUUCAUUUGUUUGAGUGACAACUGGAAAAGCCAAUAAAAUGAACACGCGGCAUCGCC